GAAAAAUUUCAACACUCGAAAAGACUGACGGAAAAUCUGAUGAAAAACGACAGGAGAUAACAUAAAAGAUGUGCAACUUCCUGGAAAUGGACGAAUAUGCGAUCGAAAAGGUGCUGGAGUACCUGUCGCAAGCAGAUUUGAUACGAUUAUCGAUGUCAUGCUCCUACCUGAUGACCCUUGUGAACCAAUUUCUCAAACAAACAGUUGGCAAAAAGAGUCUUGUGUGUGCCAAAAAUAGAUCUCCCAUCGAUUUCACAUCCAUUCAACUGCUGAAAAUCCAUCGUAAUUGGCUGGAAGGACGUUAUUUCGAGCAUAUUUUGUUCCGACACAAGCCUCUUUACUUCUCACACAUCCAAUUGUCUCCCACAGAGCUUGUCAAAUCCGUAAAUUUCGAAAUCCGGUGCUACAAGAGAAAGAAAAAUGGCUUUCCUGAGGACAGACCUUACGUUUCCAUCCACAAUCGCGAAGAACAAACCGAAAUUUCGCACUUUACGAAACGCGAUGAUGUCUUGUUCGCUGGUUUGGCAAACGGAAAUUGCCUCACGUACAAUUUUACCGACAAAUCUUCCGUUGUUGAUCGAGUUUUUGGGCCCGGAUCGACGGAAUUCGUGAAUUGCGUGGAUUUCUAUCGAGAUAUUUUCUGUGUGGCGGGCAAGAGAACGGGAAUAAUUUUACGAAUGGAAACGGAACUCGACUGCAUUCAAGCGUUGGAGAAGCAAUUUGAAUUCCAUCAAGGGUUUCAAUGUCUGAAGUUACAUUCGACGGCGAAAAUUCUCGCUGCUGGCAAAUAUCACGACAAAAAACGACGCGCUUUGUGUCUCAUCGACGUCGAAACGGGCAUUUUGGAUGAUAUGGAAUCCGUUACGGCUGCCGUGUACAAUUUAACGUGGAAAGACGAAAAUGUCGUGUUAACAGCGAAUUUUGAUUCAACGAUGAGACUCACGGAUAUCCGAACGAAACGAGAUCAAAUGAUUUUUCAGGAUAUUUACGACUCGUCGAUUUACUGUUUGGACUAUGACGGCAAAUUUGGAGCAGUUUGUGGCAUGAAACAUUUCCGCGUGAAUUUGUACGACCUCAGGAUGCCUCGGAGAUUCGUGCAAAUGUACUUUCCGAAACACACAAACUACAAUAGGUCGCCUGUUUAUGCCAUCGCUUGUGAUAACAGUCAGUUGUACAUUCAAACUGACACGGAUUUGAGGAUUUUGGACUUUAAUAGUGAUCAUGCGAAGCAACGAGACUUUAGUAACAUGAAUAUUUAUUGAAGUUGGCGUGAAAAGGCGCUUUUUUUGAUCUCGUAUCUGUGAUUUUGUGAAAAAAAUUGCAAAAAUUUGCGACAAUUUUGAGAUUUUUGUCAUGAGGCAAGUGCAAUUUGGAGAAAAUGUUUCACAUUAUUUUUAGGAUCUCAUAAAGUUAGGACGUUAAAGUAAUGAAAAAAUUAAAAAAUAAUAUUGAAAAAAAUUUUAGAACUUUUAGUUUGAGUCAAUUUUUUAAAAAUUUCAAUAUUUAUUU